AUGCUCCAAUUUUUUACUCUAAUAUGCUCAUUCAAUUUUGAGACUCGCCAAACAAAACUCUAUAUUACUGGUGACGGCACAUUAUCGUCAUCAGAAGUCCUCAAACAUUGUGAUAAGGGCCAAAUUACAGAAAUAUAUAUUGGUGAAGGCUGCAUCGGAUUUGAAGCAGGAACAUUUUUUAACUUUAAUGCGUUAAAAGUAUUACACUUCCCAUCAACUUUAAAAACAACCACUGGCAGUGAUACUAGGUAUUGUCCACAAAUAACUAAUUUUUAUAUUAAUUCAACAAAUCCAUACCUUGAGGUAGAUCAAUACGGAGCUCUUUAUACAAGAGGUAAAGAACGUUUAAUUAGAGUUCCUACUCAAAAGGAACAAUAUAUAUUUCCAUCUCAGACCAAAAUAAUUGGAGAACAAGCUUUUGAAAUGCACCAAAAAUACAUCGAAAUUACAAUUCCAAAUACGGUUACAACAAUUGAAAACGGUUGGAUAUAUGACUCAUGUAUAACUAAAGUAUUUAUGCAAUCUGGCUCUACGAUUACAUACAUAGGUGACUGGUCUUGGGCUCCUACUGUAUGGUAUAUUUUAAUUGCAAAAUCAGUUAAAACAUUGUAUCAAGGAGCGUUUUCUAAUUGCUAUGCAUUAAACAUAAUUGAAUUUGAACAAGAUUCAGAUUUAGAAUUAAUUGAAAGUAAUGUGUUUUCAAAUACAGUUUUAGGAAGUUUAAGAUUACCACAAAAAUUUAAGCAUCUCGAUGCAAAUGCUUUGUAUCCUGAUAAUUUUUUAACAUAUGUCUACAUACCUGCUUCGUUAACAAAUAUUAAUGAAAAUGCAUUUACCGGAUGUCCAAAUAUCAAUAGUAUUGAAAUAGGUAUAAACAAUUCAAACUAUAUAGUUAUAGGUUCAGCAACGCUGAUGACCAAAGAUCAAUCGAAAUUCAUUUAUAUUCCUAAUGAUUUAGUCUCUUUUGAAAUUCCAGAAAAAAUUGCUACAUUCGGUCAAACUAUAUUUCAAUCUUGUUCAAAUUUGACAACUUUAACUGUUUCUCCAAAUAAUAACUUCCUUGCAUCAGACGACGGGAUUGUAUAUAGUAAAGAUUAUUAUACAGCAGUAGCAUGCAUGGGUGGUUGUGUUUCAACAACCAUCAACUCUCAAUACAGGACUAUCGGAAGUUAUUGUUUCAAAUUUUGUAACAAAUUAGAGAAUGUGGUUUUGAAUGAAAACCUCAUAACUUUAGGCAACAAUGCUUUUGAAAGAGUUUCAAGUUUGAAAGAAAUCAGCAUACCAUCAACAGUUUUGUAUAUUUUCGAUUAUUGUUUUUAUAGUUCUGCUGUUUCAAAAGUAAUAAUCAAUGGAGAUGGUCCUGAUUUCAUUGGUGAAUGA